AUUCCCUCUCAAAUCUAAAUUAGGGUUUUAAUUACUCCUCUGAAACCUUUAUUUACUCUUUCAGAGUCUUUUUAAUUGUUUCUUUUCUUCUCCAUUGCCUUUAACUUCAAUUUUUAUAGUCAUUCCGAGCUGCAUUCAUGUGGCUUCCGUCCUUCCUCUUCACCUCUUUGAGUUUUUGAUCUUUGUAGUUUUGUUUAUUCUGUCAUUUCUAUUUGUUUUUUUCUUUUUCAAUUUUGUUUGUCUUUUUGGAGAUCUAUGGAGGAGAUUCUGUUGUGUCAGUGGAGCGUGUUUCGGGCUCUUCUCGCCAUUCUUCAGUGGUGGGGCUUUAAUGUUACAGUGAUUGUCAUGAACAAAUGGAUCUUUCAGAAUUUGGAUUUUAAGUAUCCUCUGUCAGUGUCCUGCAUUCACUUUAUCUGCUCAGCUGUUGGAGCAUACUUGGUAAUCAAGGUACUGAAGCUUAAGCCAUUGAUAGAGGUUAAUCCUGAGGACCGUUGGAGAACGAUAUUCCCUAUGUCAUUUGUGUUCUGUAUCAACAUUGUACUGGGGAAUGUGAGCUUACGAUAUAUUCCAGUUUCUUUUAUGCAGACUAUAAAAUCAUUCACUCCUGCAACAACAGUUGUUCUGCAGUGGCUAGUUUGGAGGAAACACUUUGACUCGCGAAUUUGGGCUUCUUUGGUACCCAUUGUUGGAGGAAUCCUUCUCACUUCUGUUACUGAGCUUAGUUUCAACAUAUUUGGAUUUUGUGCUGCAUUAUUUGGUUGUCUUGCUACAUCCACAAAGACUAUACUUGCAGAGUCUCUACUUCAUGGAUACAAGUUUGACAGCAUCAACACAGUGUACUAUAUGGCGCCUUUUGCAACUAUGAUCUUGGCAGUACCCGCCAUACUACUUGAAGGUUCUGGGGUCAUGAAUUGGUUUUAUACGCACGAGUCUGUUGGCUCAUCGCUUGUCAUAAUUUUUAGCUCAGGAGUAUUGGCCUUCUGUUUGAACUUUUCGAUCUUCUAUGUAAUUCAAUCUACAAAUGCUGUCACUUUCAAUGUUGCUGGGAAUCUCAAGGUUGCAGUUGCUGUUAUAGUUUCUUGGUUGGUAUUUCAUAAUCCAAUCCCAGCUCUGAAUGCUGUGGGGUGUGCAGUGACACUCAUUGGUUGCACAUUCUAUGGGUAUGUGAGGCACAAGCUUUCCCAACAAACUCCAGGAACACCAAGAACACCCCGGACUCGGAAUCAGAUGGAGAUGAUUCCUCUUGUAAAUGAUAAAUUAGAUAAAGUUUAAUUUAGAGGCAUUUGAGGCAAUGCUGCUAGUUGGUAGAAGGUUGAGAGGGGAAAAAAGCGACAUUUUUUUGUCACG